AUGGCUCCUAUUAACAAAGCCGCCCUACUCAGUGAGCCCAAGGCUCAUCCCCUCAAGGUCGAGUCCAUACCAUGCCCAACUGCUGGGGAUGGAGAGAUCAUUGUCAAGGUUGCUGCCACCGCCAUCAACCCUAUGGACUGGUACAUCCAGAUUAUGGGAGAGCAGCUGUUCUCUUGGCUCCAAUAUCCCUACGUUGGAGGGAGUGACGUCGCUGGAACAGUAGUCGAAGUUGGCCCUAACGUCGACAAGUUCAAGAUCGGCGAUCGCGUACUUGGUCUUGCAGCCGGUUUCGAUGCUCGAUCCGGUGGCUUCCAGAACUAUGUCGCCCUCGAAGCAAAUAUCGUCGCCCCUAUCCCGGCUGACUUGGACUUCACCGAAGCUUCUGUACUUCCCCUAGGGCUAUCUACAGCGGCCUGUGGUCUUUACCAAAAGGACUUCCUCGCAUUAGACUACCCAAGCGUCGACCCGAAACCCAACGGCAAGACGUUACUGAUCUGGGCCGGCGCCUCAAGCGUUGGCACAAACGCCAUCCAACUUGCCGUGGCAUCUGGUUAUGAGGUGUACACAACUUCCUCACCUAAGAAUUUCGAUUACUGCAAGGGGCUUGGUGCUGCACGUGUAUUUGACUACAAUAGUCCGACCAUCACACAGGAUUUGAUUGAAGCGUUCCAAGGCAAAACAAGUGCAGGCGCAUUUGCUAUUCAAAUAGACUCGAAGAAAAUCGUAUUCGAAGUGAUCAGCAAAGUUCAGGGCACCAAGUUCGUAGCUUGUGCCAUGGAGCCUACUGAUGUCCCCGAGGGAGUUCAGGCCAAGAUGAUCUUCGCUGGCACGCUCAAGGAGAACGAAGUCGGGUCUAUCAUCUACGACCAGUAUCUCCCGGUCGCUUUAGCCCAGAAGAAGUUUCGGUGUUUACCUAAACCGUUGGUAUUUGGCCAUGGUUUGGAAAAUAUUCAAGCUGCGAUUGAUCUGGGGAAGUCUGGUACUGUCUCGGCUAGGAAGAUUGUUGUCAUACUAUAA